AUGGGACAAAAAAGGGAUGCUAAUAGAACAGAAAUAGAAGCAGCAUCUUCAUUUUGUGUGCUGUUUGAAGAUGUUUUUGAGGAAAUUAGAUCUUUACAAACCAGUGUUAUGCAAGAAGUUAAAGAUUCCGCUGAGAAUAUUGCUGGAAUAUUAGAUGACGUGUGGAGGUAUACAGUACAUCCGUAUUCAGAGAAUAGAAUGAUUCAUAUUUUUGAUAUAAUUGGACAUGUUAUCUGCUCGGUUAUUCAAAAAGCUGUUUCACAAAUAGACCCAUGGAAGAUCAAUGAUGGGUUCAAAGACAAUGAAAUUCUUGUGCUCAUGACGGAAGGACUUAAUGUUGUACAAACGUGGAUCGGUGCUUGUAAAUCACUCACCGAGACAUAUUGGCCGAACUAUGCUUUACAUCCCUGGAAAGGAAACGCAUACAUACCAAACUUCUGCGUCAAUUUUGAAACAAGACUAAAAGAGAUACAUAAUAUUAGAUCUACUUAUAACCAAUUGAUAAAAUUGCUAACUGAGAAUGAGAAAGUUGAAUUAAAUAGUCAUCAAUUUUUAGAGCCUUUCAAGAAUAUUAACAUAUGGAUUUAUAAUGGUCCGAAUCAGUCAUGGGAAUCAGCUGUUGCAAAUUUUUCGGCUAAAAUAAGACCUGCGGAAUCUAAAAUAACGGAAAAACUUAAACCACGCAUGAAUAAUACAUCUACUAAGCAGAUGCUGUACGAGUUUAUUAGAUACAAAACUCUCAUAAACAGGCCGCUAGUUAAACAUGCUCUCAGCAAUGAGCUAGACAUCUUCGUAAGCUCCCUUCUUGCGAUGCUCAAAACGAUACAGAGCCAGAUGGACUCUGACGAAGUAGACGUACAGAUGUACCAGCCGGCGGAGAUGUCGCCCCUCGUGCAGCGAGUGCAGUGGGCUAAGCAAAUGGAGGCGAAGGUGAAGGAAGUAGUGAUUUGCAUCGAAAAUUAUCUCGGCGAAUUCGAAAACAGCGAGGAGGUGCUGAAGCUUGCAUCUCAACUUCUGAGAGAUCUCAAAACUACGUACACCCAGCUGCACGAAGACUGGUCCAGAGAUAUCCAGGCGCUCGUGCGGGACGAGUCGGCGGCGGCGGGCGACGGGCCCGUGGUGCGCUUCUCGCGGGAGGAGCGCCUCAUGGAGGUGCGCUUCGAGCCGCGACUGGUGCGCGCCGAGAGCGAGGCGCGCGCGCUGGCCGCCCUGGCGCUGGCGCCGCCCGCCGCGCUCCGCGUCGCGCUGGCCGCGCUCACGGCGCCGCUCGCGCACGCGCGCGCCCUGCACCAGGUGGCGUCUUUCCAUAAUACGUUGGGUGAACGUAUGAUCCCGUCGACGCGGCCUAUGAUGCUGCAGGCAGCUCUGGAGCUAGCGGCGCUCGUACAGGAUGACCAGCCGCUGUAUUGGCAUGACGAGGAAAAAUUGAUCGACUACACAGAACGACUGAAACGAGUGGUCCUUAAGCUAGAGGGUCAGAACACAUAUUUAACGGGACAACAUUUAGCCAUCCGAAAUAUAAUUGUAAAACUUAUGGAUACUGAUCUUCUCGCCAAACAAAGUGAAUGGAAAAAAGGGAUAAAAGAUAUAAGGGAUAUUAUAGAAAAGGUGGAGGCAAAUGGCUACAAAAACACCGACAUGUGGCGCUCGCACUGGGAUUUUCAGUUCUCUACACAAGCACUUCCCUAA